AUGCACUUCACCCCAGAAUCUUAUCUCAGCACAUUUAUACCAUUGAUAAAUGCAGAAUGCAGGAAGGAACAGGAAAUCAAGGAAAACAUGAAGCAAGAAAAUAUGACGCUACUUAUUGAUGGGUGCUAUUGCAAAUUUAUAGUGCAGAAGACCAACAGUGAUUUCAAAGUAAAUGUGGGCGACGAGCUGAAAUUUUCACAACGACCUGGACUGUCAUUUGUGGGAUAUGUCUGUGAGGAGCAGUUUAGCGAUCUUAUUAGAGUGAAGAUUGAUGUAGAUUCUCUACCAUCCGGGCAUACUCUCGAAAAUAUACCCAGGAAUGGAUACACUGUUGAAUUUAUUUGGAAUCCAACAACCUAUAACAGAAUGAAGAAUGCACUUCAAAGCUUAUACAAUAAGAAGAAGAGCAACACAAUCUUUAAGUACAUUCUUAAAGGAGUCAAAGAAACCAUGAAGGAGAUAGAAGUUUUUCAACCUAAGAAGUUCUUCGCAUUGAAUCAGUCUCAGGAAAUAGCAGUCAAAGCUGCAUUGACACGAACACUUACGCUAAUCCAGGGGCCGCCAGGCACUGGAAAAACGAUGGUAUCAGCUGUAAUUGUAUAUAAUCUUGUGAAGCAUUAUGGUAAAAAAGUUCUGGUUGUUGCGCCGUCCAAUACGGCCGCAGAUCAGCUAGCCAUUAAGAUUAAUGAUACUGGUCUUAAAGUAUUGAGGAUAAUGUCCAAAAGAAGGGAAGAUGUCUCCACGGAUGUUGAUUUUCUAUGUCUUCAUAAACUGCUUAACGAAUUUUUCAUAGAUUCAAAGAAUGCAUCACAACGAAAUCUUCUCGAAAUGGCAGAGGUAGUGUGUUGUACUUGUGUUACCGCUGGACAGAAGAUUUUAAAAGAAUUUGAGUUUCCAUUUGUUCUUAUAGACGAGGCGGUCCAGUCUACCGAGCCCCUCUCGUUGGUGCCUUGCGUGUACAGUCCAGAGAAAUUAAUUUUGGUGGGUGACCACAAGCAGCUUGGACCUACUAUUCUAAAUAAGGAUGUAGUGAAGUAUGGAUUCAAGCAAAGUCUAUUUGAAAGACUUUUGAGGAUAGGAGUAAUGCCAUAUCUUCUUAGCGUACAGUACAGGAUGCAUCCUGAUCUCUGUGCCUUUCCUUCUGAGUAUUUCUACAACGGUCUCCUCAAGUCGGGUACCAGUACAAGUAAGGUUCUUGAUCUUCCAAACAACUUUUUCUAUGUCUGUGACGGCAAGGAGGAAAUUAGUCAAAGCCGUACGUCGUUCUUUAAUAAAAGUGAAGCCGUGAUAGUUGAAAACAUAAUACGGUUUUUAUUCAAAAAUGGAGUACUUGAACAGCAGAUUGGAGUGAUUACCCCCUACGAGGGACAAAGAUCGUACAUUCUCGGACAAAUAUUUGGAAACGAAGCAGGCAACCUUGAAAUCAAGAAUGUUGAUGGAUUCCAAGGAAGAGAGAAGGAUUUUAUAAUUGUUAGUCUGGUACGAUCAAAUAUUUUCCAGGGCGUAGGGUUCGUGGGCGACAAGAGACGAAUGAACGUGACCCUAACACGUGCUAAGCAUGGACUGAUUAUCAUAGGAAAUCCAUUUACCUUAUACAAGAAUGAGAUGUGGGCAGACCUGUUAAACUGGUACGAUGAAAGAGGGCUUGUGUAUGAGGGACCGUUGAAUUCAUUGAAACGAGUCUCCCUAAAGUUGUUGAAUUUGAAAGGCGGUAACGCCUCUUCGUAG